AUGGCGAUUAGAGAGGCCGACCAAGUAAUCAUGAAUGAAAAUAACAACGUUGUAGAAAUUGUGCAGUGUAGGAUGUGCCAUCUCCAGUUUCCUGGAGAAAAGUGUUCUAGAGGACGAGGAAUAUGUACCGCAACAUCAGAAGAGGCCUGUAUGGUUGGAAGGAUGUUCAGAAGAGAUGGUGUCACCUGGUUAAACUUCAUGGGCUGUUUAAGGAAUUGUGCUAAUGUGAAAAACGUAAGGUGGGGUUCCUAUUUUGUGGACUUCAGAUGCUGCCGGGGCUAUGAUCUGUGCAAUGAAAAGCUAUAG